AUGGGCUGCAUUCCUAGGAGCUAUCAUUCAGCACGAAGGGCUCGGAUGGUAAGCGUCUCUUUGUUCCAAGCGGUGUUCUUCUUUAAGUUUGCACUAUUGGUUGAGCUUGUGGUGCUGUUGAUCGUAAAGUUUGGUUACUGUUCCAGGUUGUGGAUGAUGGUGGCACUUUGCUCUGUGGGGAUCCUGCUGAUUGCAAAGCCAGGGGCCAUGAACGAGGCACUUGGGGGCGGCACGCACCCAGCUGAAAACUCUGGAAGUGAAAUAGAGCUGAUCCAGAGCCUGGACACAGGAGGGGCUUUUUUAAUCCUUAUCAUCGGGUCUUUCCUGCACGGAGUAUCGUUUGUUUUGGGGCGGCAUGUCGCAACGCGGGGUCCCCCCGUGCUGUCGAUCCUGCUCAUGAUGUUUUUCGGUCUUCUCUGCUUUCUGCCGCUGGUGCUCUUUGUCUCCCCCUUUAAGGCCGAAUUCUUUCAGGACCUGCAAGCAGAACAAGGCGUCGCGCUCGCACUGAUCGGUGAGGGGUUUAACUUUGCGUCUCUCUGCGGCGCCACUUUGAUCGUUUUCUCCGCCAUUGUACUUGGAUUUUUCACCAUAAAAAACUGGAUUAAAUCGGACAGAACCCCCUGCGGCACCAAUGCUGCUGAAGGGGAGUUUUGUACUGAUGAAAUGGCUGCCGAGCAGCAAGCGGAGGGAGGAGUCGUUGGUCCUGCUACGGAAUACGCAGCAGCAGAUGCAGCAAUGACUCAGCAACAACUCGUAACAGGUCCGAAACUCCAAGGAACUCACUCUCGCUGCAGCAGCAGUAAUAACAGCGAAGGCAACAACACAAGAUCCAAGCCUGCAACGGAUGCGAUCCCCCCUGGAGCCACCAACGAAACGACGAACACUGUGGAAAGCGACAGCGACCUCAGCGAUGGAGCACUAGACGUUAAACCCUAA